AUGUACUUGAAAGGUGUCACUCUUCUUUUGAUUGGAGCCGUAUCCCAAGCUCAGGCAUGGCAGGCUUCUGCGGGAGGCAAUGUAAAGGAACCAGGAUAUCCUGAAAGAUGCUACCCAGAUCCUUGCAAGGGCAUUGUCUUUACCAAUGCAUCAUACGUCUGUGGCAAUGAUACCCUUGGCCCCGUUCAACUUCCGAAAAACUUCCCUUUAUCAACCGAACUCGCCACAUACGCUCGAUUUGGCGAUCUGUGCCCGUACGAAUUCCUAGCAAAGUGGACCUGGCCUAACGGAUCCUAUCAUUAUCCGGACGCCGAGGGAUUUGUGAUCGCAGCCGAUGGCCAACCCGUCGAGGCUGAGGUGACACUCCCCGUUGGCCGAAAAAUUGAUCGCUUUGGAUCUCCAGGGGGAAACUUCUUCAGCCCAUUGGGUGCGCCGUAUAUUGAGAGAGCGCUACCUCCUCGCAACCUGAACAAUAGUGAUGGCAACUAUCCUUACAGCUAUCAUGUGUACGAAGUGAUCAAGGAGCUAAAUGUCACCCUCGGACCCGUUGCUCCUUGGUUUGAGCAGCCUGGGAUGGGAACGCAAUUCAAGACAAAUGGUUCUGCUGCACAGCUUAUCGCAGACAAGUUUAUCAAAGAGCUUCCUAGGUCAGAGUAUGAUCAGCGUGAAGACUUUGCAGACAACUACACACCUGGUCCAAACUCAUAA